GCGGCUCUGCUGCGCUCCGUGCGCCGCCUGCGCGAGGUGUUCGAGGUGUGCGGCCGCGACCCCGACGGCUUCCUGCGCGUGGAGCGCGUCGCGGCGCUCGGCCUGCGCUUCGGUCAGGGCGAGGAGGUGGAAAAACUUGUAAAGUGUUUGGACCCCAACGACCUGGGGAGAAUCAACUUCAAGGAUUUUUGCCGAGGAGUGUUCGCCAUGAAAGGGUGCGAGGAGCUGCUGAAGGACGUGCUGUCUGUGGAGAGCGCAGGGACCCUGCCAUGCGCUCCAGAGAUCCCAGACUGUGUUGAGCAGGGUAGCGACAUCUCUGACUCUACCUUUGCUGAUGGCGCACUCCUCUCCAGGGAGCCCAGUUUCUUUCCUGAGGAUGAGGAGGAAGCUAUGACAGUGGCUCUACCCGAGGGCCCUCAGGAGUCAGACAUGGACAGCCCCAUGGAGAGCAGCCAGGGCCUGGAGGGCUGUGUUGGGAGUCCUGGCGAGGAGAAGGAACACGGGCUGGGAGGCCUGUUUCUGCCAGAGGACAAGUCCCUGGUCCUCACUCCAUCCAUGACCACGUCAGACCUUUCCACUCAUUCCACUACCUCUCUCAUCAGCAACGAGGAGCAGUUUGAAGACUAUGGAGAGGGAGAUGAUGUGGACUGUGCCCCUGGCAGCCCCUGCCCUGACGAUGAGUCCAGAACCAACGUCUACUCAGACCUAGGAUCUUCAGUGUCUUCCAGUGCCGGGCAGACCCCAAGGAAGAUGCGGCAUGCAUACAACAGUGAACUGCUAGAUGUGUACUGCUCUCAGUGCUGCAAGAAAAUCAACCUGCUGAAUGACUUAGAGGCCCGGCUGAAAAACCUGAAGGCCAACAGCCCCAACCGGAAGAUUUCAAGCACAGCCUUUGGACGGCAACUCAUGCACAACAGUAACUUCAGCAGCAGUAAUGGCAGCACUGAGGACCUGUUCCGAGACAGCAUUGACUCUUGUGACAACGACAUCACAGAGAAGGUGAGCUUCCUGGAAAAAAAAGUCACAGAGCUGGAGAAUGACAGCAUGACCAGUGGGGACCUGAAGAGCAAGCUGAAGCAGGAGAAUAUGCAGCUGGUGCACAGGGUGCACGAGCUGGAAGAGAUGGUGAAGGAUCAGGAAACCACGGCGGAGCAGGCACUGGAGGAGGAGGCCCGGCGACACCGGGAGGUCUACAGCAAGCUGGAGCGGGAGAAGAACACCGAGCUGGAACUACUCAACACCAGGGUGCAGCAGUUAGAAGAAGAAAACACUGAUCUGAGAACAACAGUGACUCGGCUCAAGUCACAAACAGAGAAGCUGGAUGAGGAGCGGCAACGCAUGUCUGACAGGCUGGAGGACACUAGUCUGCGGCUCAAGGAUGAGAUGGAUCUGUAUAAGCGCAUGAUGGACAAGCUGCGACAGAACCGCCUUGAGUUCCAGAAGGAACGGGAGGCAACGCAGGAGCUUAUCGAAGACUUGCGGAAGGAGCUGGAGCACCUGCAGAUGUAUAAGCUGGACUGCGAGCGGCCAGGCAGAGGCCGCAGCGCGUCAUCCGGCCUCGGCGAGUUCAAUGCCAGAGCCCGUGAGGUAGAACUUGAACAUGAGGUCAAGCGUUUAAAGCAGGAGAAUCAUAAGCUGCGGGAUCAGAAUGAUGACUUGAAUGGGCAGAUCCUAAGCCUCAGCCUCUAUGAAGCAAAGAACCUCUUUGCCACCCAAACCAAAGCCCAGUCUCUGGCUGCAGAAAUUGACACAGCAUCUCGAGAUGAGCUAAUGGAAGCUUUAAAGGAGCAAGAGGAAAUCAACUUUCGACUGAGGCAGUACAUGGACAAGAUUAUCCUGGCCAUCUUGGAUCACAACCCCUCCAUCCUGGAGAUCAAACACUGAGACAGGGCUGACUGCAGAGCAGCCUCAGGAUCUGAGACCUAGGGGAGGCCUGCCUGAGGAUGAGGAUGCAAGCAGGGCCCCAUACUCACUCUGUAAAUGUACCUUUGAUUACCCUGUGUGUGUGCUAUGUGCUGGUAUAUAUGUGGGAGACUGCACACACGUGUGAGGGGUGAGCUUGGGGCCAUGGCUUGGGUGACAGCCCCACAGUGAGCUGUGCGUGCACUUUGCAUCCCCUUUGUGAGGGGCAGAGGGGACUGGAUGUAGAGGGGGCAUGGUCUGCUCUCAGGAAUUACUGUAAUAGCAAAGACUGGAAGCUUGCAUUUCAGAUACUGGAUGAAAUGAUUCUACCUCUGUGGAAAAUGACUAGAAGAUGCUCUCAGGAGAUGGCUUCCUUCCCCUUCCUCCUAGUAGUGGAAGCGAAACUGUGAUGUUUUCCAGAGUUUGGUAUCCUGGCCAGCCUCUUUGGCUACCUUUCAAGCCCAGGUUUUUUAAGCUCAAAGAGGAGGAAGAGGUAUCGGGGGGAGCAGGGACCCCUGUGGGCAGCCCUCUGGAGUGCAGGUAAAAAGGGGUCCAGUGGACUUGGGUUUUCAGAGUGGCUAGCGUGGACUGUCAUGAGUUGGGCCAGAUUUGUAGUUUUUGUGCCCUUCCCAGCCCUGCUUGCCUACCUCCCCUUUCUGGUUUGGCUUUGUUUGUUUUGAAGACAAAUAAGUGGCAUUCACUUGGGGGCCAAGAAGAAUAUUGCAGUGGUACUCAAGGCAAGUGGGGACAUUGGGCACCAAAGAAAUGAUCUGGGAAAAGCAUGGUUCCCAUGGCUGCUGUUUAACAUGUGCAUAGACCAUCAUGGCCCCUGCCUGGGCUCCACACAGCUUGGUGAGGGCAGGCCUUGGGAAGAAUUUCCAAAUCCCAGUUUGGAAUCUGCUGGGGAGGUAGGUAGGCCCCUUCUUAGCUGCUUUUAGACACACACCUGAAUCUAGUCCCAUCUAGAGAGCAGACACUGCACGGGUGCGAGUACUAGUGGGGAACACUGGGAGGCGGGGACCUCAGUCUUCCAUCUUACGGACGUGUGGUGGCAGUUCACCCCACAAGGUUUUUUUUAAUGUGAUUUUUUUUUUGUAGGCAUCAGGGAGUAGACAUAGUACUUUGAGUUUUCCAUUUUAGAUCAAUUUUAUACAGCUUGUGAUUCAUUUCCUUACCCAAAUCUGUAAACGCAUAUGGUCUUAGGCUUUCCCCUCAGUUUUUCUUCAGCACAUCUCAUGUGAAAAGGAAGGUUUGGGCAUGUUGGGGAGACACAGGGAGAAGUAUGAGCAAGAGAGGAAGGGCAGUGGGGUAAAGUGGGGAUCGAGGGACCUGAGUGCAUGUCCUGCUUGCAAAGGCAGGGCUCUGACUACCUUCAUUCCAUGGAGUCCAGUCUCUCUCCUUGGCUUUUGUGAUUCUUUUUAUUUCUAUGUAUGGGCUUUGUGUCAUGCUGCAGGCGUGGGAUUGCCCUGGCCUGCCUGGGAUGAGCCAUAUCAGGGAGAUGGGUGAGGGGGUCUGUGGGAGACUUGGCUCUCUGUAUACAGGCCUCCACGUAUGUCCCCCAGGGUCUAGGAAGAUGCUAGGCAGAGAAAGACGGAUAGGUGGGGAGUCUGAGGAUUUUUCAGUGUGAAGGGAAAAUAAAUCAUGGCUUGAGGCUAGUCUAGGUGUCAUGCUGAAGGAACACCACAAAGGUCAGCUGAGUCUGAGUGCUGGUCUAUGGGGGCUGCUCCAGGGUCAAGAAUUCUGUAUUUAAAAUAAUAUGGGGGUCCCCAGUUUCACUGGUACAGAUUUCCAGAGAAAGCCAUGGAUGCUAUAGUUUCAAAGUUAUGGUGAGGGGAAGGAAUUUCUGCCAGGGCAACAGGCAGGAAAGGCUGUCGGGCCACAGAUUGCUAGAAGAACAGACUCCCUGAAGAAAUGCUGUUUGGUCCCUGUGAACCUGGACCACUGACAGGCCUCUGGAAGAGAGACCUCUAAAUGAGGGACGGACUUCCAUGUAGCACACACCUCAAUCUAACUCCAACCUUACUUUCCUCGGGGUCAUACACUGUAGCUCAAGCUGGCCUGGAACUCACUAGCCCAAGCUGUCCUCAAACUCAAGACAAUCUUGUCUCAACCUGAGCCAUCACACCCAGCUCGUUUUUAAAAUGAUGUUCCAGGCUUGAAAGCUCUUUGAUGUAGUUCCAACUCCACAUCACCUGUGAGCAGGUUCCAGAGCUUUCCUUGUUUGGGAGAUAACCUGCCCUCCGUAUCUGCUGCCUCUCUGGCUCAUUUUCAGGUUGUGAGUUCUGCCCAGACUUCCUCAUGUGGUAGACAUGGUGCUCAGAUUUGAAUUUCAGAUAAGUGUUUCUUAACUUUCACUAUCACUAUGUUCCAUGCCAUACUUGAUGUUUAAAAUAGCAAGCCUUUAAAAAUUCUGAUCCUCACAUGUUCUAACAUUAAGUUACAGGUGUGGCCCAGGCCUUGGAAUGUUUUAAGAAUGCCCUGGGUGAUCCUAGUUUAGUUGGAUAGCCUGUGGGGGGAGGGAGGAGUUUGCCAAACCUGGCAACCCCACCAUGGAGGGAUCAGCAGUAAUUUGCCAAGGGAGGUAAGAGUGGGUUGGGGGCCAUGUACAGGAUGAAAUUUUUACAUGGCACUGAGCUGUCCUUGCAUCCCAUUGGAAGCCAAACACUAUCAGCUAAUGUUUGCUUGUUUUUAGCUUUGGCCAGGUUUUAUUUAAACUGGUGGCUUUCAUUAAACUCUUCAGAGAAUUUUUUUUUUUUUAAUUUCUGACAUAAGUAAAAGUGCAAGCAGAGCUCAAGAUCCAACCAAAACAGCAGGGCCUGAGAUUGGUUUACCCUUUUGGCUGAGCACUGGUGGCGUCUUGGGAGGUUUUUGAACAUUCUGAUGACAGAGGGCUGGGGAUGUAGUCCAGUGGUAGAGAGCCUAGCAUGUGCCAGGCUCUUAGGUUCUGUCCCUGGCACUAUGAAAAAAAACGGAUGACAGGACUAACCUUGAGUUUGUUUCUUAAUUGGUAGGGCAGGGUUAAUGUGGCACCUGCAUGUUUAAAGGUCUUGUUCCAGGUGCUAGCUCAUGCACAGCGGAAGGUCAAGACCUCUUGUCCUAGAAGACUGUUGGCUGAGGUAGAGAAAACGCAUGAAGUGGUUGCUGAGGUUGAGCAGGGCUAAAGAAGCAUGCCCUGGGCUGAGAUGAUGACUUCAGGUGAUGAUGUCACUGAACAGUCCUCACCCCAGAGUGGGAGGCCAGCUGCUCUCACCAGUUAGAGGUCUGCAUCCCUGAAUGGAUCUCUGCCUGGUGCCCCUAGAGUCACAGACAUAUGCCAGGUUACACUGGGCACAGGUCCAUUGCAAAGUGGGGACAAGUAAAUGGGAACUGUCUCUUGAAAGCACCCUCAGAGGCGGCAGCCACCUGGCUUCGUGGUUUUUGCCCAUUUUCUGACUGGACUAGUCAAAAAAUCCCGUUGCCUUUCCAUUAAGUGCCAAAUCAGCACCCAGCUGUGUGGAGACCCAACGUGCUGGUCGGACGGCUUGUCCAAAUUGUGGCCCAUCCUGGUUCUGAUGGUUCAGGGGGUGCUAGUGCGCAUAGAGGCUCUUUAUUUCAAAGCCUGCAGUGAGGCCUGAGGGGAAUCAAGAGAAAUUCACUCUUCUAGAUAUGUUAAUGGGAAAGUUUGGAUCACUGUGGUCACCGUGCCAAGGGAGUGGUUUCGACAGCCUGGCAGAUUCCCUAAUGUGUCGUGUCUGUAGAGGUCCAGGUCCAGGUGAGAAGCCCAUUGCUGCCUUCUGCCCAAUCUUUGCUCCCAGAUCUCCCAUUGGGGUUCGAGGACUCCCCUCUAGGAUGGCUCUUCAGGCUGAUAUGACUGAGGUGUGCUCCCAUAGGAGCCUCAAGUUAGAGUGCUCAAAUCCUUACAGGAGCUGGAUUUCCACUUGGCCUUGAUGUUCCCACCCUGAAGGCUCUGCUUCCUCUUUCCAUUGUGACUGUAAUGUUAGGGUUUUCUGCCCCAGAGGCAUCAGCUGGGGAUGGCACCCCAGGCCACCUCCCCUGCAGGUCUGGUGGCCCUGUCCCCUGCUGGGUCCAUCUGCUUUGCUGUGCUGCACAGGCUGUUUUUGUCUGCAUGGUUUUGGGGUCUUUGUCCUUGUGCCUUUACUUCCCUAUCAGCCCCACACAGGAUUCUCUGCCCCCUUUUCUACACCCCUUCUUCCCUGUUCCAUGUGUACUCAGUGUGUAGCCACGUGUACCCAUGAUCAGGCCCUGCUUCCCCAUGGCUCCCCCAGCCUAUUAGACUUGGUAACUGUACAGGAUCUUCUGUCAUAGUCUUAAGCAUGGGGGCCACUUAGCCCCCCAUCUACCUGCAGCUAGUUUAGAAGCCUUGUAUCCCGCACAAGGGUAGCUUUGUGCAGAGCAACUUCUCCCACAAACCUCUUCUGUGUAAUGUGGAUAUUUAUAGAAGACAGCAUAUCUUUAACCUAGGGUACUGGCCCUGCCCUAGCAGGGAGGUCCCAGGUCUGCACAGCCAUGUGUAUGCCUCUUCCACUGGAGGAAGCCCUGGCCGUGUGGUUCCCUGCGCUUGGCAUCAUGCCUGGGUUUAGGGCCAUUAUAUCUGGUAUCUUGAAUGCAGCAGACCCUCCAUGUGGGCUGAAAGAAGUCACUUUGCUACUGUCCCUGCCUGCACCACCUGCUCAGUCCUUUCUUGUCUGCUGAAGGUGCUCAGACCAGAGUGCCAUUAAACACCAGACUGAUGUGAUGUUGGGACCUGGAUGGGACAGUGUGUGCUGAGGACUCUCAGCAUGUUGGCUCCCACCUUCAGCUCUGCCUGCACUGGGGCUGGGCCCUGGCCUCCUGUGGCCCAGUGGAAGAAACUGCAGGUGUGAGCUCAGGCCCAAGGGUUUGUCAGGUUGGUUCUGACUCCAGGGAUUCCAUCGGGAGCUUUGCCCCAGAAGCCGGUAAUUGCAGAUGGCAUUCCCUUUAGAGUUGAGAUGAGACUUCCACUUUCAGGCCCCAGAGAGGGAAGAGUGGGGUGAGUCCCAGGUCCUGAGCUGUUUGCCUCCAGCCUGAUCUCUCCAAAAAGAAACAGGCUCUCGGCAGUGGGCGCCUUCCAAGGAACUGUAAUGUACAGACUACGGUGUAAAUAAACAGUUGGCUUUUUGUGCCUGA